AUGCCUGACCCAGACGUGUUUAAGAAGGUAGAGGGGAGUCGGGAAGAGGAGGGGAAGGAAAAGGGUGCUGGGCCAAAUCGGAUUGCCAGUCACCUAACAGGCGAAUCGGUAAAGCAUUCACUAGUCCAACUGCAUCCUCAACUCUCUUCAUCUCAUCACCUUCCAGUAUUCAAAGUGCCGCAUGGAGCUCCAGCGGGUUCACCACACACCAAACGUUCCGCACUAUCGGUGGACGGAAUAAUCAAUAAUUCGGCCGCAGCUACAGCCGCCGCAGCCGCCGCCGCCUCCGCUUCCAAUGCUUACGCUGCAGGAUUGCAGGCAGCCGCGGCGGCGGCUAUCGGACUAGGCCAGCUGGCAGACCUCUCGGCGGUCUAUCGACAGGCGACUGCAGCGGAUCAGGUUGGCGAUUACCAUCGUUUUACAGAAGACCAAGAAGGCGUUUGGCUUGGGCAGUGGUAUCAGCGUGGAGGCCUGAUGCGUCCCCAGGGUGCAUUGACAGCUCAAAGCGAGUUAAUGUUUUCCAGUCUCGUUUAG